AUGACUGAUGAUGAUGUUUUUGGUGGCCUCCAUCUUGUUAGUGAUCUCUACAUUGUGCGUGGUCCAAUUGAUGUAGUUGAAGAUGAUGGCCUCAAAUUUGUGUGUGGUCCAGUUGGUGCAAUUGGCCUCUACAUUGUGCGUGGUCCAGCUGGUCCAACUGGUGUAGUUGAAGAUAAUGUUUCUGGCCUAAGUGGUACACUUGGUGUUGACUGUGUAGCAAAUGGUGAUGUAUCUUUGUUCCUUCUAACCUGA